CGUUUCGCGCACGCAGGGAGAACGGAUUGCUCGCGUAUAGAGGCUACUCCCGUCACCGUCUAUAGUACCGUCUCUCCUCUCUUUCUCUCUCCCUCGCACUCGCUGUAUUGCAUACAUAUACUAUAGAGUACAACAUAUAUACAGUCUACACACACCCAUCAGUCGCGCGCGCGACUAUCAGAGCUCGUGCUGUGUCUAAACGAGUAUUCGUUGUAUACAGAUAUAUAUAUAUUUAUACACGCGCUCGUGGAAUCUAUACGUGGAGGCGCGUCCUCGUCAGUCGUCGUCGUCGAGAGCGACGGUGUGCGUGUGCUUAUUAUUGUAUACGCGGAAAAACAGCAGCAGCAGCAACGAAAGAGCGUAUACAUAUAUACAGUGGUAUUAUAUGUAUAGCAAGCGAAGCCGAAGCAGCAGCAGCAGCAGCAGCAGCAGCAACGGCGGCAGCUCUCUAUAGAAAGUUGCUGUGUGCGUGCCCGCGCGUCGUCACUGUCGCAGCAGCAGCUUCUCUCUUGUGUGUGUAUAUUGUACCUAUAUAUAUCGUCGCGGAGCGGAGUCGUCGCGUAGCUUGAGCGAGAGAGAGAGAGAAAAAAGAGAUAGCACACAGCAGUGCAGUGCGUGAGUUGCAGGAGUAGGCAGUAAGCAUCGAGGAGUGUGUGUCAAUGCACGUGCAUUUUGCAGAAGAAGCAGCACGUCGACUACAUCGGUCUUGCCUAUAAGCUACUGCAGCAGCAGCAUCAUCAUCGUCAUCGUCUGGGUGAAGUGCGCGCGAGGCCGCGCUUAAAUGACUGGCACAGGAGAAAGAGUCCGCCCUGCCGUAAGCUGCGAGGAGUCGAGGAGGAAGACGAGGACGGCGACGACGUUCCCUGUGCGGCGAGACGACAAUCAUCAUCGGACGGGAGAGGCGGCGCGAGCAGCGGCAGCAGCAGUGUAACAUGGGUGUUGGUCUGAAGCCGCUCGAGUUCACGGAUUGCCUCACGGACAGCCCCUACUUCCGCGAGAAUCUCCACUAUCACGAGCGCGAGCUAGAGAAGACCAGCCAGCAGAUCAAGCGCCUUAUCAAGGAGGUCAAGGAUCUGCUCUCAGCUGCAAAAAAUCUCUCCAGAGCUCAGAGGGCAUUUUCGAAGACAUUACAGAACUUCAGCUUUGAAUGUAUUGGUGAAACACAAACUGAAGAUGAAACUCACAUAUCCCAAAGCCUGAAGGAAUUUGGUAAACUCAUUGCAUUGAUCGAAGACGAGCGUGAUCGCAUGCUGGAACGUGCAUACGACCAAAUCAUACUGCCGUUAGAAACAUUUAGAAAGACACAUAUAGGAGGAGUGAAGGAAGGUAAAAAGAAAUUUGAAAAACAAACAAUCAAGUUUUGCCAAAGUCAAGAACGUUAUUUAAAUCUUUCAACUAAAAAGCAAGACAAUGUUCUUCAAGAGGCGGAUGCGACAUUGGACAUGGCCGAAAGGCAUUUUUGUCAAGCAAGUUUAGAAUACGUGUUUUUGUUGCAAGAGGUUCAAGAACGCAAAAAGUUUGAAUUUGUUGAAACAUUACUGGGAUUUAUGUUUGGUUGGCUUACUUUUUAUCAUCAAGGUCACGAAGUCGCCAAAGAUUUCAAACCCUACAUGACUGAACUACAGCUCAAGAUACAGAAGACUAGAGAGAAUUUCGAUGCCACGCGGGAUAAAACAGAGUCGCUUAUGAAUAAAAUGAAGGACGUAAAGAAGUCUGCGAUUGAAAGCGGCCCUAACAAACUGUACAGUAGAGAAGGUUACUUGUUCCUCAUGGAGAAGAAGGCUUUUGGAACAACCACUUGGACAAAACAAUAUUGCACAUAUCAAAAAGAUAAAAAGGAAUUUACUAUGAUACCCUAUAAUCAGCUCACAGGCAAAUUUAGCAGUAAAGAUACUUUUACUUUGGCAUCCUGUGUACGACGUAUGUCCGAAUCUAUUGAGAAAAGAUUUUGUUUCGAUAUUACUGCUGUUGGAAGGCCUGGUAUUGUUUACACAUUUCAAGCAUUGUCUGAAAACGACAGGAAAGCUUGGAUGGAUGCGAUGGAUGGACGGGAACCUGUUCUUGCUUUGCAAGGUCCAUUAGCAAAGCCAGACGACAAUGUAAUUGAUGCAACUGGUCUCAUGUUUAUUUCAAAAUGCAUUAAAGUGCUAGAAGAUAGAGGUCUAGAAGAACAAGGACUUUAUCGUGUAGUUGGUGUUGCUUCAAAAGUAAAUAAACUACUAGCUAUGGGUCUUGACAGAAGGAAAUUAGAAAAGUUAAACUUAGAGAAUCGUUAUGAGUGGGAAAGCAAAACAAUCACUAGUGCUCUAAAAACCUAUUUGAGAACUCUUUCUGAGCCUCUUAUGACUUUUCGAUAUUAUGAUAGCUUUAUAGCAGCAGCAAAACAAGAAUCAAAGGAGCUACGUAUCAACGACAUACACAUUCUCGUGUAUCGUCUUCCUAAGCCAAACUGCAAUGUGCUCAUAUUGCUUAUUAAACAUCUUCACAAAGUUGCGAAAAAAUGUGAUAAGAAUCUCAUGACUGUUGGGAAUCUGGCAGUGUGUUUUGGUCCGACUUUAUUGCGACCAGAAGAAGAAACAGUGGCCUCGAUCAUGGACAUCAAGUUUUACAACAUAGUGGUAGAAAUAUUAAUCGAAAACUGUGAGCGAAUAACAAAAGGUCCGCCAACACAGGAAUCUCCAAGUUCUGGGCAAGGCCAGCCUAUAACGAAUACGCAGCGUCCGGAAGAUAAAGAGGAGCCACAGCAGCAACAACAGCAGCAACCGCAACAACAACAGCAACAGCAACAGAGCGUGACGGGUAACGGAGCUGUUCAUUUGCCAUGUUAUUCGGUGCACACAGUGGUGCCAGCCACCGUACAGGAAAUAACGAGAUCAUAUUACGAUAGUCCAUUAUCAGUUAGUUCUAAAACACCAUUAAUAGACGCGGAUCAGAAAAAUGGCGAAGAUUACCAGGAAGCGGAACACCCUAGUCACCGAAUGCCUAUGUUUGCCGAUAGUCAUAUUGGGCGGUUAAAAAAUCGCAACGCGAAUUUCAUGUAUCAUUCAACCGAACGAGUUUCAGGGAGUGGCAACACAAGUAGUUCCAGCGAAUCGAUAGCCAGUGAUCCGCCACCAUAUCUUAGUACGGGUGUACCUGUCAAACAGAAACGUGAUUCAAUGUUGGUCAACACUCACUUUAAUUAUCCACCACGUAGUAAUCCAAUAAUGUCUUUAGUUAACACAUCACCUAGCAGUGGUCGUUCCAGUCCCGGUUCUGGAAUUUGGAGAGUGCGGACUAUUUACGCUUGUAUGGCUGAAAGCGUUGGGGAAUUAUCAUUUGAACCAAACCAGAUAAUCACAAACGUACAACCUUCAAGUGAGCCAGGAUGGUUAGUGGGUACUUUAAAUGGUAAAACGGGAUUAAUACCGAAAAAUUACGUCGAGCAAUUACCAUAGGAGGACUAAGCAUCUGGGAAUAGCUAUGCGAUGAUGAUGCUCCCGCCGACCAUGUGGCCAUCAGUAUUCCCUCUACACAUUCCAGCAAAAAGUGCACAUUCCGCAUUUACCAAUUUAGCACUUAGUGGACAUUUUUUAUACCAAUACGUAUACAAAAGCUUUGAUUCUCGGCUCUACUCAAUCGACAUUAGCGCAUGCAGCCAAGAUCACGAAAGUACAUAUUCUCGUUAGCAUCUAGCUGUAUUUUUUUCUACCUGAGGAAUCGCGCGUUACGAUUCCGGUUUGAAUGCUUUUUGCAAUGGUAUAUACGAGUCGUCGACAAUUCGAACGGCUGUCUAUCGAACAAUUUGUUAUUCGUCGAAUGGAGAGGUCUUUUACACAAAAGUUUAUAAUCGUAUCCCAUUUUUUAGGGAAAGUUAGUCAAUUAUGCAUAUUAUUUAUAAAUACAUAUAUAUAAAUAUAAAAAUAUAUAUAUAUAUAUUUAUAUAAUAUAAAUAUAUAUACAUACAUGAUUUAAAAAAAAAUUUCGCUCAAAAAAUUCUUAAUUUAUAUACACAAGCUUCAAGCUAUGCUCUUUUGUGUACAUAUAUAAUUUGUAAUUUGUAUGCGAAUUUAAGUUGAUUUAUUGUACAUAACCGGUAAAAAAAUACUAGUGACUACAGUAAAUAUUAUGGUUGCUGUUUUUAUUUUGUUUCGUCAAGUCUGUUACGUGUAAUUAUUAAUGGAAAUAUAAAGUGGCUAUUUGAUUGCAAAGCUUAAAGGCAUUUUGUUAUUUAAUUGAAUUUCCUAUGCCGCUUUCUAUUAACCAAUUUUACGACGCAUCUUUCAAGCGUUGAUCCGCAAAUAAAAGGUAGUGUAUAUUGUCAUGUAAACAUUUUCUUAUACAAAUAACACAGCUCUAACAAUAUAUUUAAAGACUGCUUUUGAACAAAAUUUUGCUUGCCCACCGACAUUUUUUUUUUAAUAGCUAAUCUAAAGGUUUUUUUUUUAAUUGAAUAAUUUUGCGAUAAUAGUUUUGAUGACUGUAAAAAAAAUGGUAUAGGUGAUACAAUAAAUAUGGUAUGCACUAAGUGCUAUGUGGACUUUUUGACCUCAUCUGGUAGAAGUACUCUGCUCGUGCUGCAUACUCCACCGUCGAUCUCGAAAAAUCCACUUCACGUCCUCAACACGCGAAAUAUACUAUCACAGAUUCACGUUAAUAGAUCAUCCGUAUAAAAUGUGAUUGAAUGAUUUGUUACGAAUUUUCUACUAUUAAAUGUAUUUCCGUUGAAAAAAAAAACUAUGUAAACUCUUGCAUCUAUUACAAUCUUUUCUACUACUUAAAAUUUUGAGUAAUAAAUAAAUUAUCUCUAUUAUAGUUCUUUCAUAAAGCA